UAGACUUUGGUUGAUCGUAACUGUAUUAAUUUAUACAAGUUUAAUUGUAUGUAUAUAUAUAAUAUAAUAUCAAAUUCAAGAAUUAAUAAUAUGAUUAUUAAUCUUCCUGUAUGUGUACUAUGUAUGCCAGAUUAUUAAAGCCGAAGAAGUGGAUCUAUCGAAAAUGUUUACUAGGGUUGUCCCGGAAUUGUCUGAAGUCUCAAAUGCCAUAAAGGAAAGAAACAAGGCUGGUUUUCACUGUGACAGCUUUUCCGGUGUUCCUAUUUUCCAGUCGGAUGCUUUAAAGACGAGAGACGAUGGAAGCCCAAAUAACCCUUCGCCUGCUUUCUUUAGAAAGGCUGACCUAGAUAAAGCUCUACUUGACAAAAAACGAUCAAAUAUAGAGGCCGAGCUUAUACAGGUAUAUCAAAUCAUCAUUUCAUAUAUAAAAGAAUGAAGCACAAAAAGAAAAUGUUUAUUUUGAAGAAUUAUAAUAUUCACAUGCAUGAAUGAUGUUGUAGGUGACUGCUCUUGAAGAUAUAAUACAAGAAAUGAAGGUGUCGAUCGAAUAUUUGUUGUUUCUCUUUAUCUUCUAUUUCAUAUAGCCGUACGUACGUGAAAUUGUGAUUAAUUAAACACUAAUUACGUUCAUAUUGCGCAGGAUUGCUCAACAUCGAAGUGGAACAAUGUUGCUCUCAUUCCUCCAGGAAAUGAAAAGCUCUUUGGAAACGGUCUCUUAUCGUUUCUUUUACAGUUUUGAAAUUCAUUUUUUCUAUAUAAUUAUUUUCCGGUUUUCAUGGGUAUAAUUUAUUAUUCAAGCGAGGUUAUUAAUUUAUCGAGGUUUCCAUUUUAGUCG